AUGGCCUCCGCAGCUCGUCUUGUUUCUCGUGCGGCGACCCGGGCGACGGCUCGCAGCGCCUUCUCCGUCGCUCCUCGUCAGGGCUUCCGCCAGCAGGGCCGUCGCUGGUACUCGUCCGAGCCUGCGCAGAAGUCAUCGUCGACCUGGCUGUACUUGACCGGCAUCGCCGCCGCCGGUGGUCUCGGAUACUGGUACUACACCGUCAACGGCGCCCCGUCCGCCGCGUCGUCCAAGCUCGUCAACCCCACCAAGGAGGACUACCAAAAGGUGUACGACGAGAUCGCCGGCCGGCUCGAGGAGAAGGAUGACUAUGACGACGGGAGCUUCGGCCCCGUCCUGCUGCGCCUGGCCUGGCACGCCUCGGGCACCUUCGACAAGGCCACGGGUACCGGCGGCAGCAACGGCGCCACCAUGCGCUUCUCUCCCGAGGCCGACCACGGCGCCAACGCCGGCCUCGCCGCCGCCCGUCAGUUUCUCGAGCCUGUGAAGGCCAAGUUCCCCUGGAUCACCUACUCCGACCUUUGGAUCCUCGCCGGCGUCACCGCCAUCCAGGAGAUGCAGGGCCCCAUCGUGCCCUACCGCCCCGGCCGUUCUGACAGAGACGUGACCGCCUGCACACCCGAUGGUCGCCUGCCCGACGCCACCCAGGGCGGCGAUCACCUGCGCAACAUUUUCUACCGCAUGGGCUUCAACGACCAGGAGAUCGUCGCCCUGUCUGGCGCCCACGCCCUCGGCCGCUGCCACACCGACCGAUCUGGCUUUGAUGGCCCCUGGACCUUCUCUCCGACCAUCCUGACCAACGACUACUACCGGCUGCUCGUCGAGGAGAAGUGGCAGUGGAAGAAGUGGACCGGUCCCAAGCAGUACGAGGACAAGAAGACCAAGACGCUCAUGAUGCUGCCCACCGACAUGGUGCUUGUCCAGGACAAGAAGUUCAAGCCCUUCACCGAAAAGUACGCCAAGGACAACGAGGCCUUCUUCAACGACUUUUCUGCCGUCGUCACCAAACUGUUUGAGCUUGGUGUCCCUUUUGCCGAGGGCACCGAGAAGCAGCGAUGGUCCCUCAAGCCCACGUGGGACGAGUCUCCAUAG